UCGACCUCCAUCCGUUUUGGGGAAAACGAAGUCGUCCACCUCAGCGUUGAAUCCGGAUCGAGCAAAAGCAGGCUUCCCGCUCAGGCUGUGACGAUGACGUCUUUCAACGAUGCUGUCAACCGCCACACGUCGCCUUCAUGUCUCAUUCUGGCCAAAGAGAUAGACUAGCUCAGCAUGGCGUGGCUCGACCCAUUGCGCUCCAGUGGCCUGGGAAAUAGAUCAGGAAAGCUUCAUUGAAUGGAAACAGUUAUUGUCUCGGGACGACGCAGAUCUGCUUCGUCCUUCCUUAUUAUCUACCCUACAAUUGCUCGAGGCUGCUCACACCUGUUUAGCUUCAACAACCCCCCUGGUUGAUAUGUCGCGUGCGCUGGUAUAGUUAGAUAGUGAAUCUCGACAAUUUGCCUGGUCAUCUUCAACUCAGUUCUCCUUUUUCCUUCCUGGUGCAGGUAAUACUUCGCAUACCCACGAGUGCGAGAUGAGGAGCCGAAGCCAGAGUCGCAGUCCGAACGGGGAGCAUGAGAAAUAUCGAUUAAAGGUCACAGCAGGCCCCGACUAUGAUACCAAGACACAUCAGGUUGUCCCAGUCAAUAAGGACCAGACAUUACAUUUCGAGAACGAGCACGCGAUUGUGAGCGUGUGUGUCCGCAUCCAAGACUAUACAGGAUACCCCGAUGGCUCCCCGAAGAGCAGCUCAUACUUCUCCCACCCCCUCCACCAGAACGAUCAGUAUUCUAUUGCGAUGCAACUGGUCCCCAAAACCCCAAUAAACGGCGAUGACCUUAUCUUCGGAAAUGACUUCGAGCGUCCUAUCCGUGACCGUCUACCGCCCGGUUUCAAUGCCGCAAUGCGCAUAGUGAAAUGGGUGCUUGAUCCCGCACUAGAUGGAGACGCAUAUGCCGACAAGCCAUACCUCUACAGCCCUGCGCUCGCAAGCUGGAAUCAGUUCCGCAUCGGAGAUAAGACAUCAUCGAACAAUAAGGCACCGGCCAUACAUGACCGCAUUAUAGAAGAGGGUGCGGAGGGUUCCGGUGUGGAAGUCAGGAAAGAAGCGAAUAUCCCAGAGACAGUGGACCAGCGAAGGAAGCAUUUCCUUUGGGACCAGAACCGAAAGAACUUCGAACUCCAGCCGGGAAGGGCGUAUAUGGCUGACUUUGGGAAUCCAUAUUUAGUCUUCAAUGACUUCUCGCUUCGAUUACCUGGGUUUAACCUGCAAGUAGCCAAGUACAUUGACGAGAAGCAUCAUAAGUUACGAUACGUUCUCAAGAAUCGCAAGACGGGACAUGUUUACCUCGUCGUUCUGUUCACGCUUCUUCUACGAGACUGGUUACCGGAAAAUGCCACCGAUGGGGAUAUGAAUACGAACGGGAACGUCGAUGGUGAAACACAUAAAGACAAUGGGAGUCGUGGUCGUCCGAGCAAGUCUGCCUGAAGAGGCCGAACUUAGCCUCGACGACGUGGAAUAAGUUUGAAAUUUACCCUUGGGCGAGGCAGUUCUGUGCUGCGUGCGUUAAUUCCUUUUCUAUACAUCCGGAAUGGGUCUACAUAAAAGUUAUUCAGGAUAGAGCGAUUUGAGUC